AUGGAGCCUCCUUCUGGAUUCCCGAGACUUGAGAAGCUGCUGCCUCUGCGUUCCACGGGCCACUUCCGGAUCUUGUUCCUGAGCAGCGGGCCGCAACGAUGCAACGGCGCAACGCGCAGUGGAGCGCCGCGGCACAAUAAGGGGCGCAACGGCGCACACCGGAGCGCAGCGGCGCACCCCGGAACACAAUGGCGCACCGGCGCUAGAUGGCGCAGCGGAGCGCAACGGCGCACCAAGGAGCACACGGCGCGCAGUGGAGCACAGCGGAGCGAAGCGGCGCAGACCGGAGCACACGGCGCACCGACACAAAGAGGCGCAGUGGAGCGCGACGGGGCACCAAGGGGCGCAGCGGCGCACAAGGAGCGCAACGGCGCACACCGGAGCACCACGGCGCAGCCGCUCAAAGAGGCGCCGAGGAGCGCAGAGGCGCACCAAGGAGCGCUACAGCGCACAAUGGAGCCCAAAGGCGCACACCGGAGCACUACGGCGCACCGGCGCAAAGAGGCGCAGCGAAGCGCAACGGCGCAAUUAGGAGCGCAGCGGCGCACACCGGAGCGCAACGGCGCACACCGGAGCACUAAGGCGCACCGGCGCAAAGAGGCGCAGCGGAGCGCAACGGCACACUUAGGAGCGCAACGGCGCACACUGGAGCGCAACGGCGCACACCGGAGCACUAAGGCGCACCGGCGCAAAGAGGCGCAGCGGAGCGCAACGGCGCACUUGGGAGCGCAACGGCGCACGUAG